CAAUAUAUGGUUGUUCAUCGGUUUAAGUCGAAAAGACCUAAAUAUUGUCCAUGAUUUAAUAGUUGAGAUCAAUAGUGAAAUGAAAUUUCGUACCAAACGGUUCAAGUUCCGAAUUGCUCAACAACCCAUUAAAGAAUUAUAUAAUUCGUUCAACAAUAACCAAAUUACGGUGCAAGACUUAUUGCGUGAACUUUCUUUUUUUUUAUUGCGAAUGAAAAAUAAAAUGAAACUCAGUUCAUUAUAAAAAAUUGUAUUACAUGAUUAAUAGCAUCAUCAAACGUUACCCACAUUUUACUGAAAAAACAUGUUGAUGGUGGAAAACAUUUCUUCGGAGAGCCAUACUAGUAAGGAUCAUUUUCGAAGGACAUUUUCACCAAGAGCAUUUUUUCAGAAGGAUACUGUUUCAAGAACGAAAUUUCGGAGACAUUUUUGAAACAAUAUUUUGUAAAGGACGUUUAGGCUGUUACCACCAAGGUCACCAUUGAAAAUGAGACGGGUAUGAGAACAUUAUCUGAGAUCAGAGGUCACACUAAAACUGAGAUUCGGUCAUGAAUAAAAAAAAUAAAUAGUUUCACUUAUGUGAUAAAAUAUCGUUUCAGGUUGGUAUCGACCAAGGUUAUGCUUUCGAGUGAGAAACAAUGGCUAGUGAAAAAUUAAUGUUUUGUCGCUUCUGUGCAUCGAAUAUGAAAAACAAAUAGCCUACUGCGUGGUAUAGUCCAUAUUCUAGCGAACAUUCAACUGACUCUUCAUCAUCGUCAAUUAAUCUGUGUAAGCGACGGAAGACAGAGCAAACAAAACGACGGUAAUAUUUGUAUGAAGUAAACGUAGGACAUGAUUGACGCUUUAUGCUCUAUUGAUCCACAUAUAGAUAAUCAUGCACAAAAAUCAAACUGAUUUCGCGUUGUAUAUAUAGGCAACAUAUUGCUUUACUCUCACUCAUAAAACAACAUCAAUAGAUUACAUUGUUAUUCUGGUGUUGGACAUACAAGAACUCGCACGAAAUCAACAAAAAUCAAGCUUACUACUUUGAUUCCAAGUCUUUUGACGACAGGAAAUCAUCAAUAUCACAAGAAAUGCCACACGAAAUAUUAACUGAAAACAAUAUCCGUACAACGAAGAACCUAAAAAAGUGUGCUAAAUGGAUCUUUUGGAGCAUUGGAAUGCUCAUUGGCCUACUUUUACUUGCGAUUCUCGUCGCCUUCAUAUUUUCAUUGAUCUCUAUACUUCUAAAAAAAUUAAAUGCAAAUAUCAUGACGGACUACAACACAGAUACAGCUAUGGUAAAAUAG